AUGACCGAAGAAACAUUAGCAGACGCUACACCCCAAGUUGCUUUCAAGAAGCGCUCCAAGGGCAAGGCCAACUUCCGCAAGAAGCCCGCAACGCCACCUCCAGCGUCCGACUCCGACUUCACCUCGUCGGAUGAUGACGAGGGCAAGCUGAUUAAGAGGCGGCGCAAGAACGCAGCUGUGACAGCAUCAUCGGCAGGAAGUGUAGCGAUAAAAUCGGUGGACGAGCCUAUAAGCGCCGCUCCUCUCCCAUUGACCUCGAGCAACGACGCAACCAAAUCCUCCAACUGGUACGAUGAAGACCUCAACGAGAAGAACCUUCUCGGCACAACAAGAGUGCGACCCGGCCAAGCUUCAGCAACUACCUCCGCCUCAGAGCCUGACGGCACCUAUAAAGGCGCAGCCAACUACCAAAACUUCAUCCAGAAAAAUCCAGAUGCACCGGCGAAGUUUGGACCCGUCAAAGCACCAACCAACGUUCGGACCAUUACCGUCACUGAUUUCGCCCCCGAUGUAUGUAAAGAUUGGAAACAGACUGGAUUCUGUGGCUACGGAGACUCUUGCAAGUACCUCCACAUGCGUGAGGAUUACAAAGCAGGGUGGGAGCUGGAUCGCGAUUGGGAGGUCAACACAAAGGGCAAGAAGCUGGACGGGAAAGUGGUAUCACAACGCAAGGGCGCAGGGAAGGCAGCAGAAGAUGAUGAAGACAAUGAGGAUGAGAUGCUGGAAAACAUUCCUUUUGCCUGCAUCAUUUGCCGAAAGCCUUAUAAGGAGCCCAUUAUCACCAAAUGUGGCCACUAUUUCUGCGAGUCCUGUGCUUUGCAGCGAUACCGGAAGAACCCCACAUGUGCAGCUUGCGGUGCAGGGACUGGUGGUGUUUUCAAUGUUGCAAAAAAGCUCAGUACCUUGCUGGACAAGAAGCGAGAACGUGCGCGCAAGUUGCGCGAAGAGGCGCUUGCGAAUGGAGAGGAAGUGAGCGAGGAAGAAGAGGAGGGGGAGAAUGAUAGUGAAUAG